CGGCCAUUUAGCGAGGCCGUGAGCAGCAUCAUGUGGGGCGCAAUCACGGGGCAGCUCGCGACGUAUGCUGGCGAGCUCACGAACGACCUGCGCGAGAUCGUCGCUGCGGGCGACGAGGGCGCCUUGUCGCCUGCGGAAGGCCUCUCGCCACGCGCCCAGCCGCGGUCCAUCGGCAAAGGCAACGACGACGACGACGACGACGACCUCGACGCCUACGUCCUUGACCUCGAGCGGUCGCUCAUCCGCAAGCGCCACGAGCAUGAAGCCGCGCUCAAGGAGAUUGAAGGGUUGCAGCAGCGCUUAGCCGCCACGCCGCCACGCAGUCAGACACGUGAUCCCGACGCGAGCAGCAUCUUGACCAAGACGGAAGACGAGAAGAAGGCGCUUCUUGCCGACGUGGCCAAGCUCCAUGCGGCGGUUGCUGCAAAGGACGCCGAGCUCGCGUCCCUCAACGAUCAAGUCGCGUCACUUGUUGCCCAAAACCAAACGACUGACCAAAAGCUAUCGCAGCUCCAAGCCGAAACCAAGGUGGCGCAUGCGUUGCACCGGACAUCGCCGCCCGACGCUGAGUCGGCCACCGACGGGCCGCUCGUGCUCGCCAUGACGACGCUCUCCAAAGUGCUUCCAUCGGGCGCGUCGCCCGCCGAAGCAACGUCCUUGUCCUCGACGGUGGCCGAGUAUGCAACGCUGGCAGCAGCCCGUAUCUCGGCCCUGGAAGGCGACGUCAAGCUGCUCAAGAACGCCCUGCACGCGUUUCUCCUCUCGCACGACGCUCGCCUCGAUGCGACGGCGACGGUCGCCGACUGGACUGUCGCGGCCAAAGCCAAAUUGGAUCAGCUCACACAAAAGAUGGUGGCUGACCAAGACCGCGCCGGUCGCGUCGAGCAGCAACUGAGCCUCGCGAGCAGCAAGCUUGCGCAGACGCAAAAGACGCUGGAGACGCACAUGCUCGAGCACGACGCCCUCCAGAAUGCCUUUGCUGCGACGUCGGCCAAAGCCAAAGAGGCGUCGGCGGCGGCCAGUCUCGUGCCGGAGAAGGACGCGACGAUUCGAGCGCUGCAGACCAAAACCAAGCAGCUCACGCGCCAGAACGACCAACUGACCGAGGAAGCGGCCGAACUCGCCGACCAAUUGGCUCAACUCAAGCGCGUGGUACAUACGCAAGAGUCGUCGCUGCAGGAAGAGAUGCACGAGAAGGAAGAGGCGGCACUGGACCGCCUCGCCGAGCUCGAGCACCUUGUCUACGCGCUCAACGAUGAGCUAAAAACGACCAAGGAGGCGUAUGCGCUGGAGCAGACCCAAUGGGUACAGCAUGCCCAGGCGAACGCGAGCUCGCUCACCGAACAAGAGACGUUUGAGCUCACGACGCAGCUCACGCUCCUUCAAGCCGACAAGCACAUUGCCGAGCAGGACGCCGAGCGACUGCAGUCGGAGCUCGCGAACGCACACGCCAUCUUUCUGCAGUUUGAAGCCGACCGGAAGCGCGAAAUGCAAGCGUACGAAGCUCAAAUCGCCGCGCUGCGAGCCCCUGCACCGGCACCGGCGCCAACGUCCGAGCACGAGGUUGACCUCAAGCGUGUGCUCGGGAUCCUGGAGAAGAAGCAAGUCGAGUGCGACCGGCUGCGUGAGGCGCUGGACCGGACGGCGCAGCAUCUGGGCGACGACGUUGACAACAUUGACAAGCGCAUGGCCAUCCAAAUGAUGAUUCAGUUCCACGAGAGCCCCAACAAGCACGACGUACUCGAGGUCAUUGCGCGCAUUCUGGGCUGCACGGACGACGACAAGGAGCGGUUGCUUGGGAACCCGCUGCGACUUCAGCUGCGGUCGCUCGGCCGACUCUUCCAAGGCGCAUCGUCCGAUCCGCCCGUCGACGUGGCCGGCAAGAGCUUUAGCGACGCAUGGACCGAGUUCUUGCUCGACCAAGUGCCUUCUGAAAAGUAACCAAGCACGUCGUCGUUGUCACGUGUGCCACGAGGGCUAUGGGCGGUGGCAAGGGCGGUGGCGGGGCGGGCAGCUGCAGCGGUG